GUGAUCAUUUUACGCAUGCACCUUUGGCUAGUCUACGAAAUGGGUUUUCCUGAAUCUUCAACAAUGGCGACUGUCAUUGACUCUCGGUCGUGACAAUGCUUUUAAUUUACGUAAUGUUUCGCCUGGCAGCAAAUCUUAUUCUGUAAAUUUAAGUUCACACAUUCUACAGGUAUUCCCAAGUCUGACUGUUAUCUUCAACUCGUCGCUGUGAACUGUGCGUUGUAGCCGCGUUGAACGAGUGUUAAUUUCUGAUUUAUGACGCAAUUUUCGUGAGCGGUGACUCAGUGACACAAUUCAAGAUGGCGGACUCUCGCCAAAAUGCCUAUGCAAACGCCCAGCAGCCGAUGAAAAUCCCGGGUUCUGGUCCGCCUCCCCAAGGAAUCUCUAGUGGAAUGGGACCACCAUCUGCAAGGCCAUCAAUGGGACCCCCAGGUCCAGGAGGACCUACCCCAUCAGGGAACUACAACAAUCCAUCUGGAAUGAACGUACCAAGGGGCUACAACCAAGGUCCGCCACACACUGCUAAUGGUGCUCACCCUACCAACAACCCUCCCACUGGCACUACAGGCUACCGACCCUCGCCCAUAGACCAUCGAAGUGGUUUGGUUAACGCUAACUCGGGCAGAGCUCAAACUCAUUCAAUGGGUGGUUACCAACCCACUGGUACUGCGAACUCAACCCAGGGUGGUCGAGGGGCACCGAUGAUUGGUUACCCUGUUGCGAACAGCAGGGGACCGCCGGGUAACCCACCCUCGAUGCCGAAUCAGUACUCUGGCCCCUCGCAGCCAGUGAACUCAUAUCCUGGACCACACCAAGCUGUGCCAUCAAGUUCCGCUGGAUCUGGACCCCCAUCUAGAGUGGCAGCACCGCCCUCGAGUAUGCCCCUCCCUGGUGGGUCGCUGCCUGGCGGCCCUGGAAACUAUGGUCGGUCAGGGUCGUAUGGAGGUCCUGGCACACCUCCCGUCUCCAUGGACUCACCUUCAACUCCCGAUGGGUCUGGGAUAGACCGAAGCUUCAACUCAUCAGGUCCUCCUUCCGCCCGGUCUUCAGCUGCACCCUCACCUGUUCCUUCCAUGAGAUACGAUGCUCUAGAAGGAGGCACGCCCUACACCUCAAAUUUCUACCAAGGUCCUCCUACACCAGGGACUCAACCAGCAGGUUCUCAGCUGCCAAUAUCCCCACUAGCUGCACCCUCCCGAGGCCCCCCACUAAGUGGGCCGCAGCUUGGUGCCCCGCAAACGGGUGCUCCUCAAAUGGGUGCUCCCCAAAUGGGUGCUCCCCAAAUGAGUGGACCCCAAAUGGGUGGACCCCAAAUGGGUGGACCCCAAAUGGGUGCUCCUCCAAUGGGUGGACCCCAAAUGGGUGGACCCCAAAUGGGCGGACCUCAAAUGGGGGGACCUCCGACAGGCCCUCCUCAAAUGGGUGGACCUCCAACAAGUGGUCCCCCACUAGGUGGUCCUCAAAUGGGUGGAGGGCAUAUGGGUGGCCCACCUUCUGGCGGCCCUCCAGUGCAAGGGGGACCCCCGUUUGGUGCACCUUCAAUGGGCGGGCCACCCACCUCGGCCUCAUCUUCUGGAGUAUCAGGCAGGAGGCAGUACCCGCAACCCGCUUCAUAUCAGCAACCGCCCCCGGUCAGUCAAGGCAGCGUUCCCCCAGGAGGGCAGAACGCACCAGGGAUGAUGGGCAAUGCCAUGCAGAGGUCGGGGGUGGCUCCGCAGCCGAACGGCGGACAAGCCGGCCCAAAAAUGAACAACAUCAUGCAGCAACCAGGGGGUCAGCCCACCAUGAACAACAUAAACGCCUCUAUGGGUAACUUAAAGGUCCAGCAGGGGGACACGAGACCCAUGAAUCUCCUACAGCAGAGGCACAUCGUGGAGACCACGCCCGUAGAGCCACCCAAGAGUAGACUCAGCCCGGACUAUCAGAAGCUCCAGGUGGACCCAGACAUCUUCCGGAGUACGUUGAACGCUAUCCCACAGACGAACGGUCUUCUACAAAAGUCACGCAUGCCUCUAGGGCUUCUUAUUCACCCAUUCAGGGAUCUCUCGCAUCUGCCAGUAAUUCAAUCCAGCGUUAUUGUGCGAUGUCGAUCUUGUCGUACCUACAUCAACCCAUUUGUAACAAUCAUCGAGCAGCGACGCUGGAAGUGCAACCUCUGCUAUAGGAUAAACGAUUUACCUGAAGAGUUCACCUUUGACCCUGUUACCAAGAGUUAUGGUUCACCGGAGAGAAGACCAGAGAUUAAGUCAGCCACAAUUGAGUUCAUCGCUCCUUCAGAAUACAUGUUGAGGCCACCUCAGCCGGCUGUCUACCUCUUCGUUCUCGAUGUCUCAUUCAGCGCCGUGGAGUCAGGGUACCUGACCAUAGCCUGCCAGAAUCUCAUGGACUGCCUGGAUAAGAUGCCGGGAGACGCCAGGACGCUGAUCGGCUUCAUCACCUUCGACAGUACCUUGCAUUUCUACAGUCUACAGGAGGGAAUGACUAGGCCGCAGAUGAUGGUGGUUUCUGAUAUCGACGAUGUAUUCCUCCCCUGUCCUAACGACUUGCUCGUAAAUGUACAAGAGAACAGAGAGUUGAUAGAUGAGCUUCUAAAUCAACUGCCGAGUAUGUUUACGGGGAACAAGAAUACGCAGACAGCUCUGGGGCCAGCUUUACAAGCAGCUCUCAAACUCAUGAGCCCAACAGGGGGUCGUGUGACCGUGUUCCAGUCAGGCUUACCUUCUCUUGGUGCGGGGGCUCUGAAGUCCAGGGAAGAUCCGAACCAAAGAGCUUCAACCAAAAAUGUGCCAAAUCUCGGUCCAGCGGUUGACUUUUACAAGAAGUUAUCCUUGGAUUUUUCAGCUCAGCAGAUUGCAUGUGAUAUCUUCCUGUUCAGUGGGCAGUACACAGACGUAGCAACGCUAGCUGGUGUCGCAAAAUACUCCGGCGGCAGCGUGCACUAUUACCCAGGGUUCAACAGCACUCAGAACCUCGUAGAGGUGGAGAGGUUCGGCCAGGACUUCCGGCGAUACCUGACGAGAAAGAUUGGGUUUGAGGCAGUGAUGAGGAUCAGAUGCACAAAAGGUUUGAGCAUCCACACAUUCCAUGGGAACUUCUUCGUCCGGUCGACGGAUCUCCUCUCCCUUCCCAACAUCAACCCAGACGCCGGCUUCGCUAUGCAGGUCUCCAUCGAGGAAAGCCUUCAUGACUCCCCAGUGGCAUCUUUCCAAGCAGCGUUGCUCUACACAAGCAGUAAAGGAGAGAGACGGAUUCGUGUUCACACCAUGUGCCUGCCAGUGUCCAAUCAGAUGACGGAGAUCAUCGCAGGGGCGGAUCAGCAAGGCAUUAUGGGAUUACUCACCAGAAUGGCGGUCGACAAAUCUCAGACGUCGAACAUGUCAGACGCUCGGGAUGCGUUGGUCAACGUCUGCGUAGAUUCGCUGUCGAUGUACAAGGCGACGCUACCAAGCAGUCACACCGUUGGGACGUUGAUGUGCCCUCAGUCGCUACGCAUGCUGCCAUCUUACACACUGGCUGCAUUAAAAAACGUGGCCUUCCGUCUGGGCUCGAGCACCAGACUGGACGAGAGGGUGUAUGCGAUGGAGAUGAUCAAAUGUCAACCUCUGCAAUACAUCAUGCUUCGUCUUCAUCCCAACAUGUACCCGGUGCAUAACAUGUCAGAUGAGGGUGCAAUCCUCAUCAACGAUCAGUCAGUCCCCCAGCCUCCGAUCCUGGGUCUAACUUCUGAGUACAUCGAGCGUAACGGAGCCUACCUACUGGACUGUGGAGACGCCAUGAUCCUGUUUGUCAACCGGGCGAUCUCCAUUUCAUUCUGUAUGGAAAUCCUUGACGUGCCUAACUUCCAGUCCAUCCCCGAGGAAAUGGUGGACUUACCGGAGCUUGCCAACCAAGCCUCAGAACGACUGAGGACGUUCAUCCUGUGGUUAUUAGAUAAGCGGUCGUGCUCUGCACCCCUCCAAAUUAUUAGGGAAGACAGUAAGAAGCGUACUUUAUUCCUACGACACUUGACCCAGGAUCGCACGGAAUCCUCCAUGUCAUACUAUGAGUUCUUGCAACACCUACAAAAGGAGAUCAAGUAACGAGUCUUCAUCUCAUGUAAGCACAGCACGAACAGAUUGCCAGCUUACCAAGUAACCAUAGCAUGUAAUGAGUCUUCAUUCCAUGGGUCUGUUAAGCAGAGAGAUUCUAUGCUCAGCACGGACAGAUUAUCAGCUUACCAAGUAACCAUAGCAUGCAAUGAGUCUUCACCCCAUGGAUCUGCUAAGCACAGAGAUUCUACGCUUAGCCUGGACAGAUUACCAGCUUACCAAAUAACCAUAGCAUGUAUACUGUCAUUAAUACCUUAAUUCCAUCUCCCGAAGUUUCAAGCAGGUUAUUUUGCAGAGCAAUUUGAUGAAUUUUGCCCAGGUUUAAGGUUUAUUGAAGUGUGUCACCAACCCCCCUUUCCCCAAACUCUUAGAAAAGAGAUCUGACAGUUUCCCUGUCCAUGGGUUAAGUGAAAGGGUGUUCGAACUGAGGCAAUGUUGUCUUUUGAAAGGUUGCAUGACUGGACAGAGAUUUUCUGUGCACAGUUUGCAUUCACCACAUGACGCAUUGCUGGUUGACAUGGUGCAUUCAUCUUACAAAACCACACGAUUGAUAGUGGAGGGUCGACCUCAGUCUCUGCGUGCUGGAAGUAAAAUACUGAUUUCACUAUUAUAGGCUUGGGUUUUGCAAUUUUCCAAACUCCCCCCUGUCAAUUGUGACGCUACCUGACAUCAAAAGUAAUGUACAAUUCAUGAGGUACAAAACAACCACACCUUGACUUGGGUUGCAUACUUAAAGUUUUUAUCUUAAAAAUAGAAGGUGGCAAUCUACCAUUAUAUAAACUUCAGUCUUUUACUGUCUAUUUCUAAACCUCAUUUUUACUUUAACCCCUGACUAUCAAAACUUAACCCUUCCCAAUUAAGAACUUACCCUACCUCAACCUAUUUGAAACCCUAUCCAAGUUAUAUGCAAAAUCCUUUACCCCUACCUCAUCAUUCAAACCAAAACCGUACCCCACUGAUGAACCAAAAUGUAUUGAAAAUGAUCUUAUCCCUUCUCAUCCCAACCAUUGCCUAUAUUAAUCCCAAUUGUACCCAUCAUAUCCCAAACAUUGCCCUUCUCAUCCCAAACAUUGCCUAUAUGAGCCCAAAUGUACCCAUUUUAUCCCAAACAUUGCCCUUCUCAUCCCAAACAUUGCCUAUAUAAUCCAAAAUGCACCCAUCUUAUCCCAAACAUUACCCAAACCUUAUCUAUCUCACCCACACACUACCCCACUUCUACCCAAAUGUUAACCCAAACCAACCCAAACCACCAACCAGUUGGUGGCAUGGAGACAAUUGCAUCAAUUGCCUCUGUGAAAUAUCAGGUCUGACACUUGAACAUUUCGAGGGGCACCAAGGCAAUGUUGAACAGGGGGCAUGGAGGGAUCAGGGCAUGUUCCGAAAUCUCGUCGGCCAAAAGUCACUCGGUGUGGCCUUGGCAAAAAGUAUGGGCAACCUUAAUUUCCAUAAAGUACAACUUAUCAUUUACCACACUGAUGCUAUCAACAGCACUGGUAAGUGGUAAAUCAGUUGGGCUGCCUAAUACACGCAUUACAGAUUUCCUUCCCACCAUGGGGUUUUAAGGCCCCUAUGUUAUAUUUAUAAAGGCAGACUUGUGCUGCUUGAGGCUGCCCUUACCUAAUGAUGGCCAGUAUUUGUAAACAAAGGAAAGGUCUGAAAAGUUUCUUCAACGACAAUAGGAUACUCGUAGAUGCUAAAAUGGUCUUUACAAGAAAGCUCCAUUCAAGAGUUUCUGAUUUUGGCUAAAAACUCGGAAAGUAGAAUCCUUUUCACUUUACAGUGGGUGUGUUUACGUUGGGUCAUGAAACUUAAUGGCCGAGCAGUUAUUCUGAUUUGUGCAUGAUCCAAUUAAGUCCACUGCUUGCAAAAGGAAAUACAUGGAGAUAACAGGUGUUAGUUGCCAUAAGAAAAGGAUGUGUUAUUGUAGCCUCUUUCUUUUGGUAAUUGAUUAAUCAAUGCAUGGUUGCUUUUGGAAAGUUGUGCCAGUUAAUGAAGUUAUUUAUGUAAAUAGUCAAAAUUGUCAUUAUAUAAGCUCUUUAAAUCACACAUCAUUUUUUUUUCUUCUCGAAUGUGACAUCAAAGCAGUUAUUGUUUUCCACACCAGGGCCUAUUUCAUAGAGCUGCUUAAGCAGAAAAUAUAGCUUGAUAUUUUUUUCUGGCAGGCAAAACUAAGCAAGAUCCCAGUUACAUUUUGACGUAUGGUAUUUUAGCUGGUAACCUUAUUCUGGUAAGCGUAGCUUUGUUGUGCUUAGCAACUUUUUAUGCUUAAGCAGCUAUGUGAAAUUAAGCCAUGGACUCCAGUCAAUUCUGUAGUAAUGUUUUUGUAAAGAGAAUUGCCUACUUUUAAGAAGUCACAGUUCUUUUAUCAAUAUAUCGUAAUUGAUUCCCGCUCAUUUUUUGCAAAUAACAUGUAGCGAAACGUCACAGUCUCGCUCUUAAGUCAAAACAGUCGUUCAGUAUUUGACCGAAUGUGCCGGCAAAAUGUUCUCUCGCGUCAUAAAGGCUUAAAAAAGAUGAAUCCACUCGAAAAACUUUUCACAGCAAUCCUAGUUGUGCCCUUUUCUGCGGAAAUUGUUCUGAUUUAUAGCAUGGCUAAAAAAGAAUGCCUUGCAAUUCUAAGUUAACAAUGUUGUAUAAUGACAGUGAAUGACUGUUAAUGACAGUGGAUAACUGUGAAUGGCAGUCAAUAACGGUAGAUGAUUGUGAGUGACAGUCAAUGAUUGUUAAUGACAGUCCAUGAUUGUUAAUGACAGUCAAUGAUUGUUAAUGACAGUCAAUGACAGUUUCAACGGAAGAGGCACACAAUUUAACACGAAUGCAUGAAAACUGGCUACUCUUUGCCUAAAACGAGCAGGGAAGCUGACAGCAGAUUUGUUUGUUUUCAACUCAUUGCAUAUUUUUUGUUCUCGUUCUGAUGAUAUACAUGUGCAAUUCUCGUGAGAUUUUCUUCUUUUUUGCACAGGUUGCCCGAUUCAUGUAAAUCAGGGCUAUCGAUGAACUAAUUUAAACUUGUAAUAAAUAAGUACUUUUAAUUAAAAUUAUUGUAUUUGGAUACUGCAGACGUUAUAGAAUAGAAAGCUCAAAGGACUAUCUCGAGUCUAAUUAAAUUAUAAACGUUUUUAUUAAUAGCUUGGGUGGUACGUUUUGAAAACACCAAAUACCGAAUGUAUGUAAUUUCUGCAAUUAUGGGCCUGUGUGACCCCUUAUCCUCACAGAAAUAUAUUUACAUCUAGUAACCUGUGAAAAGUUACUGAACAAAUAAAGAGCUCUUGCGUUUGUGAAAAUA